AAUUCCUACACUCUCUCUCAUUCUCUCUCUCUCGCACACUCACUCUCUCUGCAACAUCACACAUAAAAUUACGAAAAUGCCACCAACAUCCAUUUCCCAUUCUACCCUUCUCAUCAUCUUCUUCCUCUCGCCACUCUCAGCCCUCAACAUCACAACCCUCCUCUCCUCCUACCCUUAUCUGUCCGACUUCACAUCCCUUCUCUCCGCCACUCAAAUCCCCGCCGAUCUGACCCAACGAUCUUCUCUCACCAUCCUCGCCGUCCCAAACACCUAUCUCCGGCCACCCUAUCUGACCCACCUCCCGUCUCCCUCCUCCCUUCCUGACGUCCUCCGUUAUCACGUCCUCCUACAAUUCCUCUCCUUCCCCGACCUCCGUCGUCUCCCCCCUAAUGGCAUCCUCGUCACAACCCUCUUCCAAACCACCGGCCGCGCCCCUGACAUUAAUGGCGCCGUUAACCUCACCGUCACCCCUAACGGCUCCGUUACCGUCCGCUCCCCCACCCCCUUUUCCCCCUCCAACGCUACCAUCCUGUCCGUCAUCAAGACCAUACCGUACAAUCUCACCAUCUUCACCGUCAAUUCGCUGCUGAUACCGCCGAAUUUCGAUCUCACGGCGUCCGAGAACCGUCCGCCGGUGGGCCUGAACAUAACCCAGGUCCUGAUCGACGCGAGGAAUUUCAACGUGGCGGCGUCGAUGCUGAUCGCUUCCGGCGUGGUGGAGGAAUUCGAGGCGGAUGAGAAGGGGGCGGGGAUCACCGUCUUCGUGCCGACGGACUCAGCUUUCGCUGAAUUGCCUUUGACGGAGCGGUUGCAGUCGCUUCCAGCGGAGCAGAAGGCGGUGGUGCUGAAAUUCCACGUCUUGCAUUCGUAUUACCCGUUGGGAUCGCUGGAGUCGAUCGUGAAUCCGGUGCAGCCGACGCUGGCGACGGAGGAUGUCGGGGCCGGGCAUUUCACGCUCAGCAUCACGAGAAUCAAUGGAUCGGUGGCGAUCGGGACGGGAAUUGUGCAGGCGUCGAUCACGCAGACAGUCUUCGAUCAGAACCCAGUUGCCAUCUUCGCCGUUUCGAGGGUUUUGCUGCCGAAGGACAUGUUUGGGAAGGAGGGGCCGGUGGUGGGGCUUGGGAGAGGAGCUGCCCCGCCGGAAAUUGGGGUGGCGCCGGAGAGUCCUGGUGUGGCGGGGGCGCAGACUCCGCCGACGAGGUUGUCAUCUCCGCCCGGAUUCGGGGUGAUUCGAUCCGACGGUGGAGAUAGAAGAGCUGCUUCUACUGCUGUUGCUGCUCUGUUUUGUAUAGGAUUGUAUUUAAUGGUAUGAAAUUGGGUUUUUUUGUGGGUUUUGUUUUUUCCUUAUAUUUUUAUUUAGAACGGGAAUUGAAUUGAAUUUCAGCUGCAAAGCAGCGAUUUUUUUCA